AUGGCACGCAACAGCGAGAAAGCGCAGUCUAUGCUGUUCCGCUUCCGAGCGCAACAAGCAGCAGACCUUGGAAUUAUCGAUAUCUCCAGAACACGCCGUCCGAAAGCCAUUCAAACCGUGGACACAAUUCCCAUGUGCGAGCGCUGGCGCGGCCAAGUCGUUAAAGAAAUCUCCCGCAAAGUCACACGCAUCCACGAACCAAGUCUAAGCGACUACCAAAUUCGCGAUCUGAACGAUGAAAUCAACAAGCUGAUGCGCGAGAAAUGGGGCUGGGAAAUGCAAAUUCGCAACCUGGGCGGACCGAACUAUAUGCGCGGAUCCAAUCGGGUUUACGACGACGAAGGACGUGAGAUCCCGGGUGGAGGAAAGGGCUACAAAUAUUACGGUCGUGCCAGAGAGCUACCUGGUGUGAAAGAGAUGAUUGAUGCCGCAGUUCGUCGCGCCAAGGGUCCAGAGGAAGAAGAGUCUGCAUCUGGCAGAGGUGGAGACAUUGCGACCCGGAAGGUCGAUGCAAAUUACUUCGGCUACGGUCUCGAUGAAGAAGACGGCACUUUGCUUGCUUACGAGAAGCAGAAAGAGAAGGAGGCCGUUGAACACUUCCGCCGCCAGGGCGAUGACGACACUGAAGAUGGCUGGCAAUCUCUUCCGGGCGAUGCGGGCGAUGGGGUAGAAUGGAGGCUCCCGACACUAGACGAAGUUCAAGAAGAGCUCGUUGAUCGACGUCGUCGUCGUCUUCUUGACAAGAUCUCUUGA